AUGAAGAAGAAGGAGAGGGGGUUACGAUUAUCUUGCUGGGCACAAAUUCAAGUUCACGAACAAAGGUGGGGUCGAAGGAGCGGAAGGCGAUGGGGUCUGAGAAGGCGUGUGGUCGGCCGACGACGGCGGAAGGGAAGGCGACAGCGUAGAGGGAGGCGCCAGCGGACAGAGAUUAAAAGGAGAAGAAGUCGAUGGGUCAUGGUUCAGGGAAGGAAUUGGCAGCGGUGGAUCUGGCUGAGCGGAAAUCAGAUGAGAUGGGAUUGGUGGUGGUUGUCGCCGCCGUGGUGGUGGUGGUCGCUGCCUUGGGAGAGCUUGACAACGUGA